CAGGUGCCCUUAGCUCUUGAAAUAAAGACUCGUGUUUGAAAGUGUAGCUUAGGACAGAACUUGAAAACAAUAGGUUGACUAAUCGUAAUACAAAGAUUAGUGUACCUAAACCACAUGUUUUUUUAUUUAUUUUUCAAUGUGUUUCCUUCGUAAUCUUUCAUGUGGCUCACCCUAUGCGGCUUGUGUACUUGUUGAGAGCUUUUCUGUUUUUUUUUUCACCUUGUUUUUUUGCUGAACUCACUUUUUCUGAGACCCUCUUUCUUGAGCAGAGCUGAGUUUCACCUCCCCGUCUGCCAGCGGCCUGGUCGGUCACAGAAGAGGCCACAGCUGCUUCCUGGAGGCCCUCUGGGCAGAAGCAUGCGCUGGUGUUUCCUCCUGAUCUGGGCCCAGGGGCUGAGGCAGGCUCCUCUCCUCACCUCAGGCAUGAUAGUCACAGCGGGCAACCUUUCUGCAGAGGAAGGUGGCUCUGCCAUCUUACAAUGUCACCUUUCUUCCAUCACGGCCGAAGUGACGCAGGUCAACUGGGAGCAGCAGGACCAACUUGUGGCCAUUCGUCAUGCUGAUUUUGGUUGGCAUGUUUCUUCAGCCUUCAGGGAACGGGUGGUGCCAGGCCCCAACUUGGGCCUUACCCUGCUGUCACUGACUGCAAACGACACAGGGGAGUACUUCUGCAUCUACCAUACCUACCCCCAUGGCAUUUACAAGGGAAGGAUCUUUCUGGAAGUCCGAGGAAGCUCAGUGGCUGAGCAGAGCAUCGGAUUCCAGAUUCCACUGCUGGCAGCCUUGGCUACAUUGCUGGUGGUCUUGUGCGUGGCAGUCGUCGGGGUGGUCGCAUUGGCUGGAAAGAAGCAACCUCUUCAGAUGCAUUCUGCAGAAAACGACCCCAGGCAAACGCCCACUGAGCAGGUGGAAAGGCAUCCCAGUGCUCCCUCUUCUCCAGGAAGCUGUGACCCGGCAGCCACUGCCCCUGCUGACCUCUACACAGAACAGAGGGGAGAUGACUAUGAUGAGCCUCACGACUACUUUAAUGUCCUGAGUUACAGAAGCCUGGGGAACAUCGGCUUCCUAACAGAGACAGGCUAACAACCAAAGGCAUCUUUAGGAGACCCUAUCCUGUCUGUGCUGUUAUAAUGGAUGUAUAAGCAUCAGUGGUUUUGUGUGUGUGUGUGUGUGUGUGUUUUGAGUGAUCGGAUGUCAUUCCCUUCCACAGUUUCAUUUCUUCUUUCUUUUCCAUUCCAUUCUGGAAGACCAAGAAUGUAUAGUUUGUUCCUUGAUCACAAAUGCAAAGUCAUACAAAACCUUGCCCUGGUUCUCAAUCUGGAAGCCUGAGUAGAUCCCAUGGCUCUGAGCAGCAUUUUCCUUAUAAUAGCACUGGAAAGGGU